UGUGUGUGUGUGUGUGUGUGUGCGUGGUGUGGUGUGUGUGUGUGUGUGUGUGUGUGUGUGUGUGCGUGGUGUGGUGUGUGUGUGUGUGUGUGUGUGGAGCGCAAGUGUGUUUGCAUUGUGCACCAAAAGCAGGAGAACAAGAGGAGAGGAGCACACUGUCCUGCUCUCGCUUUUUCUUCCAUUCUGCUGUUGCUCUGCCGUGGACACCUGAACAAGACAAGAACUGAGGGGAGUGGAGUGUGUGUGUGUGUUGUGGGGGUGGGUGGGUCAGGCAGGGAAAGAUGAGAUCAAAGAGCCAGGUGAGGAAGAGACACAGGAACGUCUGUUUCUUUCUCUCUCUCUCUCUCUCUCUCUCUCUCUCUCUCUCUCUCUCUCUCUCUCUCUCUUACUCUCUCUCUCUCUCUAUCUCUCCCUCUCUCUCUGACGCGCUGUAGUCUGUGAGUGAGUGUUUGUGUGAGGGAGAGAUCCAGCCAAAUCGGUCCACUUCCCUCAUCCAAGCAGACAGUGAACCUGGAGAGGAAGGAGCAGCCCGUCUCCACACUAACUAUUAAAGAGUCCAACCCCCUCCAACCAGAAACCUCUCAACAUCAUUAAGAAUGCAUCAUUCUGUGGGAGGAGAAAGAUAAAGUGUUGUACCUUCACCUGGAUCGUCAUCGAGUGAGGCCUUCUCCUACCACUCCAGAGGUCCAUCCCAUCCCUUCUCCUACCACUCCAGAGACCCAUUCCAUCCCUUCUCCUACCACUCCAGAGGUCCAUUCCAUCCCUUCUCCUACCACUACAGAGGUCCAUCCCAUCCCGUCUCCUACCACUCCAGAGGUCCAUCCCAUCCCUUCUCCUACCACUCCAGAGACCCAUUCCAUCCCUUCUCCUACCACUCCAGAGGUCCAUUCCAUCCCUUCUCCUACCACUCCAGAGACCCAUUCCAUCCCUUCUCCUACCACUCCAGAGGCCUAUAUCAUCCACAGUCCAGACUUCCACCAUCUAGUCUGGUUACCAGGUGCACGACCAGACUUCAUCUCUAGAAUGAUAGUGGGAUUUUGCCAGACCUCCACCUGUCCAGGGUGACCUGUCCAUGACCUGUCCAGCUCUACCUGCCCUGAUAGACAGUACCCCCGCCACCUGAGCCUCUGUUCCUCAUCCCUAGCCCACCCCCCAAACCCACCAGUCCCGGGUUCCUUAGCCCCAACCCACCCCCCAAACACUCCCAGUCCCCUGGUUCCUCAUCCCAACCCACCCCCCAAAUCCCCCCGGUCCCCCGGUUCCUCAGCCCCAACCCACCCCCCAAACCCCUCCAUUCCCCCUGUUCCUCAGCAACCAGCCCAAAGCAGGGGAGGAUGGGUGAUGGGCCUGUGAGUCUCCCUGGUCUCACUCCUUCCUUCUCUCUCAUCCUCUCAUGGAGCCUCCUGUUGACAGCUCCACUUCCCCCUGGAACUCUUCCCAGUCCUCUCUCUCCGGACUUCCAGGUCCCUGGCUCCCAGCCUUCCCAGCCUCGCUGCACCCCAAUGCCUCUAAAGUGAGUCUUCCCGUGGACACCGGCGCCAGCAGAGCCCCCCUGGCCCAGUCCCUGGCCCUGUGUGUGAUGCUUCUCAUGGACCUCUUAGCGGUCGUAGGCAACCUAGCCGUCAUGGCUGUCAUCACCAAGACGCCGCAGCUGAGGAAGUUCGCCUUCGUGUUCCACCUGUGUCUGGUUGACCUGCUGGCGGCUCUGGUCCUGAUGCCUCUGGGCAUGCUGCCGGACCGGGUUUUGGCGCACGACGAGGCACUGUGCCGGAGCUACCUCUGUCUUAGCGUGGGUCUGGUCAGUGCCGCCAUCUUAUCUAUCUCUGCCAUCAACGUGGAGAGGUACUAUUAUAUUGUCCACCCCAUGCGCCAUGAGGUCAAGAUGACCGUGGGGGUGGUUGUGACGGUGUUGGUCGGGAUCUGGAUCAAAGCUAUUGUAACGUCAGCAAUGCCACUCCUGGGCUGGGUCUUCCAGGGGAGCCAGGGGGUAGGGGUCGAACUCGGAGGGGGACUAGAGGAUCCCAUGAUCCCGAGUCAUCCAAGCCAGAGACGUUGCUCCCUACACUGGACCGGAGGAGGAGGGACCACACGGUUAAUAUUCAUGCUCUUCUUCACCUUUGUCUACUUCCUGUGUCCAGUGCUGAUCAUCCUUGUUGUGUACUGUAACAUGUUUAAAGUAGCCAGGGUGGCAGCCAUGCAGCAUGGCCCCUUACCUACCGGGAUGGACACACCUGGGCCCCGCCCUCACCGCUCUGAGUCCCUCAGCAGCCAAUCCACCAUGGCUGCCAGCCUGGGAGGCCCCGGAGGUGGCCCUGGGGGCCCAUGUCCUCCACUCCGCACCCCCAGUCAGAGGACCUUCAACGGGGGUAAAGCUGCGGCAGUCCUGGUGGCGGUUGGAGGCCAGUUCCUAUGCUGCUGGCUGCCUUACUUCUCCUUUCACCUGUAUGCCGCCCUGGUCUCCACCCCCCCGGCCUCCCUGGCUUCGGACCAGAUGGAGGAAGUCGUGACCUGGAUCGGUUACUUCUGCUUCACCUCUAACCCCUUAUUCUACGGCUGUCUGAACCGGCAGAUCCGCACGGAGCUGGGCCGAAGCCUGGCCUGUAUCUUUAAGCGGGCGGGGCCGGGCAACGGGGAUCAGCUGGCCAGCCGAGAGGCCUCCAUCGAGGAGAACUUCCUCCAGUUCCUCCAGGGGACAGGGUGCAAUCUGGAGCCCUGCGAAUCUCAGGCACACAGCAGGGCUAGCAGGCCAGAGGAGCUGGAGGAGGCGGGGGAGAGGGGCCCUCUUCAAGAUGGACCUUGUCAGGAGAACACGCUGGUCCAGGAACACACGCCUGUUGACUUCCACAUCCCUGGACAGAUUAUCGAGGAGACCUCUGAGUUCUUGGAGCAGCAGCAUCUGAAUCUGAACAAUGACAUCAACCUAGCAGACAACUGCUGCAGGGUACACAGAACAUUGCUGGACAGCGCCUGAGCUGUAGCUGACACCGGCCACUCAUGUGUACAGUAGGCCUUUUUUUGGGGGAGGGGGCAGGCCUCAGAGGUGGAAACACUAAAGUCUUAGUCUGUAGAACAAGCACCGGUGUAGAGUCCUAUGGUGGAAACGGCAGAUAGAUGCCAAUGUUCUUUAGUAUGUCUGAGUAUUCCAUCUGAUGCUGGACUUGAUGGUGUUGUGUCCACAUUUGCUACAGUGUGAUUAUGGAACAUGACGUGUACAUGGCAAGUAGUUACUACUACAACUCUAAUGUACAGAGUUGCUAUCUUCUUUUGAAGAUAUCAUGUUGUUAUUAUCAGUCUAAAUCUCUAUGUUCAUUCUUCUGUCACUAGAAUCAGGGUUCCUUUACGGGAAGGUUAGGAGGUAUGAUACAGGGUUGGAGGAUUCCAUUUAAAUUCAGUAAACUCCAGGAAUAAACAGACAUUUUAAAUCCAAUCAAUCCUCCAUGCUUUUCUAUGAGGUUUAGUUCCUGAAUUGACUGACUGGAAUUGUAAUUUACCCUAACCCUGGUAUGAUGACAUUGCUACCCAUUUUCUAUCAAGACCAAAACUCCUUACAUUAAAUAUAUUUACUGCCA